GCUCAAUGUUCUCGGACGAUAAAAUUUUGUGUGAGUUGUACAAUUUGACUUGGUCCGGUAUCGUUUGAUAUCUUCAAUUUCCCAAUUUAAAAAUUGUAAAACAAAUGCUUCGAUAAAAUACCGCAAAUUUGUCAGAUUUAAUACGUGAUUGGAAAAACUACAAGUUCAAGAACGUUAAAAUUAUUUUACCAGCACACCCAUUGAGUGCCAAAAAUAUACAUUUUUACGUAUAACAAUAUAUUAUUUAUUUAUUACGUUUUUUGACCAACAAAUUUGUAUGUUUUUUUUCCAGCACAACAUGGAAUUGAUAUCUGAUCAAAAGGAAAAAUUGGUAGACAAUUUUGGAGUUUGAUUUAUAAUGUUUAUAUUCCACCGAUGUUAAAAAAAAAAUUUUGACACUGGGCAGUUAAAUGGUAAUCGAUAUAUUUAUACCGAGGAUAUCCAAAUAAAAGUGUUUAAGUGUAAUGUGCAAAUAUUACUUAUCAAUGUACCUAACAUGUCCCGUAUAAAUCAAAAACAAAUUUGAUUUUGCUCGAUUUCGACGGUUUUUGACAUAAAAGGUGAUAAAGAUCUGUUUCAAUCAGCCUCAACGCAUAGAAAUACCCCAAGUCUACGUGGUAUAUUGUGGCCACUGAAUUUUGUGAACGAUUUGCCUAUUUUGGACUGAGAACUGUUUUAAUUUUGUACUUGACAAGAAUAUUGAAGUUCAGCGGAGACGAGUCGAAAAUAAUAUAUCACAGCUUCAUAUUUUUAUCGUACUUCGUGUCAUUGCCGUGUGCGAUCUUGGCAGACUCUUAUUGGGGAAAAUUCAAAACAAUAUUAUGUAUGUCAUUUUUCUACGUAUUGGGAUGCGUAGUGCUCACCGGCGCAUCAAUUGCAGAUAUGUUCAGCCUGGACGUUCAAAAAUUCUUCGCUCUCCUCGGCUUAUUUGUUAUAUCCGUCGGUAUGAGUGGCAUACAACCGUGCGUUUAUGCGUUUAGUGGGGAACAAUUUCAAUUGCCCCAUCAAGAAAAGCAGCUACAACACUUUACUACCAAUUACACAUUGGCGAUAUUCGUUGGAUCGUUGAUCUCAAAGUUUUUGAUGCCUGAAUUCAGACAAAGCAUACAUUGUUUUGGCAAAGACACGUGUUUUCCGUUGGCUUUUGGUGUGCCAACCUUAAUGAUAUUUAUUUUCAUUGCAAUAUUCGUAGCUGGAAGAAACAAGUACGUUAAAAAAAAGCCAGAACAGAAAGUGAUAACGAGGACGUUUGGCUGUAUUUUUUACGCACUGAGAACAAAGGGUACUUCAGCCAUCCCGUGCCAAACCCACUGGUUGGAUAACGCAAAGGGAAAGUACACAGAAUCAGAGAUAUCAGAUACAAGGUCUGUCCUAGACCUUCUCUGCGUAUUCACAGCAUUCCCAGUGUAUUGGUCACUAUACACACAAUCGGGUUCAACGUGGACGUUACAAGCCACGCUGAUGAAUGGUCACGUGGACUUCUUAAACUGGACAAUUAAACCCGAUCAAAUCCAGAUGCUAGUACCGUUAGUUGGAAUAAUCGUGCUCGUCUUUUUUAAUGACUUUUUGUAUCUGAUGCUUGCGGCGAUAGGCAUUCGGAAACCAUUACAAAAGCUCACAUUUUGCGGUAUUCUGGCAGUCUUAACAUUUGUGUUCGCGGCCCUACUGCAAUUUAAAAUAGUUGGAAACACAACUGAGAUACCAUCUGGACAAGGGCGGAUAUACAUCUAUAACGGAUUCGAUUGCAAUGUGUUCGUACAAUCAAAGUCGUUACACGUACAACAUCAAAUCGGUCCACUCGAUAUGUUCAAUGUCAGUCAUACGAUCGUGUCUCAGAAUGUCUCAGCUGUCGUUGGGAUCACAAUAGGUUUCGAAACAAAGUGUAGUUUUGUGUCAGACAACAACUAUGAGUACAAUACCACUUUAACAAUAAUCGAAGGAAAAGAGAUUUCUUAUCACUUGAUCCGUCUAACUUUAAACACAAUUGAAUUACACCGUAUUGGUGCUCAUGACAGUUUAGUUAAAGAAAAGUUUGGGAACCCAAAGUUAAGAAUUUUAGUCGACAAUACAUUUGAUUUUGACGACGAUAUUACAUUCACCAGUGUGGAUCACACCUCAUUUACUUCGUACUCUCUCACUCAGUUUCGAGGGAUGAGCUAUAAUGCCAUAAAAGUAGGAAAAUAUAAUGUGUUCUACAACGGAAAAAUGUUGCCCACACCAACUAUGGACAUAAUUCCAGGCACGUUUUAUACACUUACAUUACAACGAAAUGGCGAUAAAAUGGAUGUAAGAUUAUUUGCCAAAGACGAAGGAAACUAUAUUCACGUUUUGUGGCAGAUUCCGCAAUAUUUUAUUAUGAGUAUAGCGGACAUCGUGUUCGUAACCACCGAAAUAAAAUUCAUAUUUACCGAGGCCCCAAUAAGUAUGAAGUCGUUUAUAGCCUCUUUUCAAUUUUUGGCAAUUGCACUUGGAAGUUUAUUGGUCAUUACCAUUUCAACAAUGUCGUUUAAAAGUCAGGCACACGAAUUUUUACUAUACUCUGGUCUUAUGUUUGCCGACACGUUAUUAUUAGGUUACUUCAGUGUGGUUUAUCGGAGUAAAAAUACCAAUAUAACUGACGCAAUGACACCAAACGAGAACAAAAUGGAAGAAACUACUGUUGUCAACUGAAUAUUGUUUUAUUCGACUAAACUGACAUUACAGCGUUGAGUCGAGAUAAAUAUAAUUUUAUCUAGAUAAAGAUAAAGAUAAAUUAUAAUAAUGUUAUUUAGAUAAAGAUAAAGAUAAAUAUAUUAAAUUAUUUAUUUAUCUGGAUAAAAAUGAAUUUUUUUUUUUAUCUAGAUAAGUUAUCGGAUAAAUUUUUUUAUAUUGGAUUAUGGCACUCUCCGUAAGUUCGUAGCAAUAUAGAAUAACUUAAUAGUAUGUUAUCGAAAAUGUCGAUAGUUAUUAGUAAAUACUACCUACUUAAUAAAUUACUUAAUUGUCCUAUAAAUUAUAAUAAAUAAAAUCCAUUUAAUAAAUUAAAUUUUUUAGAGAAAUUCAUCUAGAUA